GAGUUAUUCCAGGAAUGCGUUGAAACAUGGCUGCCGCGAUGAAGGCGCAGAAAACGGGACUCCUGGAGCUCCGGCUGAGCGUGGACCGCUGGGUCCGGGUGUUGGCCACGCUCACCGACGACACGCUCACCGUUAACCCGGGCGAGGGCGCCGAGGAGCCCGCGAAGCCCAGCCCGAGUCCCGCAGGUGCCGCUGUCAACGGCGACCCCCCGAACCUCAGCGCGUCCCCGGUCCCGGAAACCAUCACCAACGUGAAGCGCACGGUGCGGGUGACCAAGCAGGACGUGGGGGGGCUCGGGAUCAGUAUCAAAGGAGGAAAGGAAAACAAGAUGCCCAUCCUCAUCUCCAAAAUUUUUAAAGGGCUGGCUGCUGAUCAGACUGAAGCACUUUAUGUUGGCGAUGCCAUAUUGUCUGUCAAUGGCUAUGAUUUACGAGAGGCCACACAUGAUGAGGCUGUUCAAGCGCUAAAAAAAACAGGCAAAGAAGUCAUUCUUGAAGUCAAGUACAUCAAGGAGAUGUCAGCGUUCUUUAAAAGCCCUGGUUCCCCUGGAGCCUCCCUCCCAUGGGAUUCUCCUCCUUCCACACCUCAGAGGGGCACUGAGCCUUCCCCUGCUGAGGUGAAAGACCCUCGCAGCAUCCCUCUGAAGAUGUGCCAGGUGUCACGGAAACAGUGCCCCCCAGACACAGAAAACAGGUAUUUUGAGGUUGUUUCAUUCAACAGAAAGAACUCCGUGUUUCUGCGGGCCAAAGACCCAGCUAUGGCUCAGUCCUGGUACAAUGCCAUCCAAUCUGCUACUGCAAACCUUUUACCACAUGUAAAGGAGGAGGUGAAGCGAAUGCAUCCUGGCAUUGAAGUCAAACAUUUGGGCUGGCUUACAGAGCAGGUGUCUCAAGGUCCAGAGAAACCUGUCCUGGCAGUGUUGACAGAAAAGGACCUGCUCCUGUACCCCUCCUUCCCUGAAAGCAAAGAGAGCUUCAACAGUCCCACCAAAAGCCACCCACUCAUCACCACCAGACUGGUUCACUCUGGCCCAGGAAAAAGUUCUCCUCUCCUGGAUUCGGAGCUGUCAUUCGGCCUGCGUUCAGGCACCAAGCAGGGCGUAGAGACUCAUGUGUUCAGGGUGGAUUCUGCCAAGGAGCUGUCCACCUGGACUCAUCUGCUGGUGGAGGGCUGCCACUGUGCUGCGGAGCUUAUCAAGGAGGUCACUGCAGCCUGCGUUUGGAAUGGAAAGGACUGUUCCCUGGGAGUCCACAUCGACGACGGUUUCACGCUAUUCACAGAAGAAAUGGGUGUCAGGAAAAAUAUUCUCCUGCAGCAGCCUUUCGAGCGCCUCCGAAUGUCCUCAGAUGACGGAGUUCGGAUGAUGUUCCUGGACUUUGGAGGCCCUGAGGCUGAAAUUCAACUGGACCUGAAAUGCUGCCCGAAGACCUUAGUGUUCAUCAUCCACUCAUUCCUGUCUGCUAAGGUGAAGCGACUUGGCCUCCUGGCAUGAUGAAGGCCAGCCAUCCAGAACAUCAAAAUAGGAAUAUUCAGUGAAACAUACCCCAGCCCCAAAUGGCGUUUGACGACGAGGCCCAGGAGUUGAUGCCGGCAGGACCAUCCUUUCCAGCCGUCCGAGGCCUCUAAAGCUGAUCAUGUUUGGUCAGGCAUCCCGUGGUCUUUCUCGCGAAGUGAAGAAAAAAAAACAGAAACUUGGAUGAACGUUUGCUUAAUUUGUAAUUUUAAAGUAAAAAUCUGGUUUUUGUGUGUGUUUUUAACAGAUUGUACAAGUCAGAACCCAUUUGAAGGUUCUGAUAUCUGUCAAAAACUGUCUAAGUGGAACACAUUAUGAUGGCAGACUGAACAUGACAGCUUGUAUCUUAAUGGGUUUUAUCCUGAAGUUUCAACUUUAUUUCUUGUUUUCUUUAGUUUAAUUUGAUGAGUCAUAGCAGGCUUUUGUCAUGAGCAUCUUUUCAGCUUUCAGUUUCUACUUUUUGUGCUGUGAGCAGAAAAAAAACAAAAGAAAUUUCAAGACUGUCUUGAUUGAUGUUGGACAAACAAGUUUUUUUUAUAAAGACGAUGCUUCAGUGACAGAAUGACAGGACUGAUCAAGCAAUCAAUAGCUGGUGCUGAACAAUGUAGAGCUGCAGUGACAUGUUUAUGAGGAUAGACCAGUUGUCUUUGCUCAGCCAUAUUAUGUAAGAAGAAAGCGCUUUUAAAGAUUAUUUACAUCAGUUUUUAUAGACGAAAACAGCUUAUUUUAUUUAGUUCUUCGGUUGUAACAAGAUUCUAGACAUACUGUCUAACACAGUCAGUACCAGUGGCUUUCAGAACGAGAUUAUUAUAUAAUAUUUUAAAGUAAAGUGUAAAUUAGAUUAAAAAAAAUUAUGUAAUAACAAUAAUGAAUGAAUCUCACUGACCAACAACACUCAGACUGAGAUUUUUAAAUGAUAUUGCUGCAUCAAAAUAAUUAGAUUUAAAAGCUCUCUAUUAACAAAACUAUUGUUACUACUUUAUAUUAGAAAAAAAAUGUGACCAGAAAGGACAAAAAGAGUUUAUACACAUUGUGUCUAACAUUUAUUUUAAGAAUUCAAACUACGUAUAAUGUUUACAUCAUAAAGUGUGUGAUCUUUUAUUUCUUUAAAGCUUAAAUUGAUUUAUUUUUUUAAAUUUGGGGUCUUUUUUUCCCUCUUUCCUAACACUAAACAAACCUGUAUUAAUAUAUAUUUCAGAACUUCUCUCCUCCAAGAACAAAAUGUAUUGUAUAUUCUUAUUUAAACAAAGGUGUGCCUUUCAGGGUUGUUUGUAUAUAAACAUGUAAUAAACUUUGUUAACUUUU